AGUGCGUUUUGUAAUACUCUCUACUGUUUCGACUGUAAUUCCUUCGGACUAUACGGAUGAUCAAACAUUGUUGAGAUUAGUUACGAUUUGAGUUUUCCCCGAAAAUAUCCGGCUUGAUGUGGAAACAUCAAUUUCCAAACGCUGAACAUAUAUUUUUGCUAAAUGUUUUUGCAAAUACAAAUUAGCGAUCUCGCAGAACCAUCCAUUAAUUGAUAACUACAAAAAAAGUGGAUCAUUUCCAGAUACUAUCCCUAAUAACAAAAAUAAGCUCAUGCUUUCAUAUAUAUCCAUUAUAUUCUACCAACAUUCAUUCAACCAGAUAAAAACCCGAAACCAUAUACGACAGUAAUAAAUCAAUAAUACGAGUAAUUUCCAUUUCGUCCAUGACAAUCGUACAGCUCGAACGAAACCGAAAGCUGUCAUCAAUUAGGCCUGAAAGCACCACGUACUAUUUUGCUUCGCAGUUCCCAAACAUGUACAAUGUGUCAUCAUUGUGUCCGCGGCUACGAGACGCACUUUCAGCCGGACCACGACGAUAUUCGCGCGAACAGGUCACGACUUUUGCGGCGUUCUUCUGCCGGACGGUAGGUGUCAAACGGGUCCACGGCGGAUCACAGCAAGUUUCUCCCUAUACUUGGCAAUUGUGUUUUAUUUUUGGUGUGAUUUCUACGAAGGCCGGUCAGAUCGGAAUCGUGAAACAGGCGCCGCGUGCAGUUUUGUUGUUUUUAUGGAGAAAGCCAAAAUCGAGUUCUUCCAGCAGGACGGAAGAAGCGGCCAUCAAUAGGGGGCAACUGGUACAAUCUGCCAAUCACGAGCGACAUUGUUGCGGAAGGUGAGAAAUGUGACUUAAUUUGCUUGCCAGUCAACAACUCGGGAGUUCUGCGUGCACGAGCGUCGGUUCGUCGCUGGACGUGGCCGAAGUCUUUCAAAAUAGUACCUCCCCAGAGGCUUCAUUGUGGGGUAAUAAUAUUAAAUUGUUUCGAAAUUGUCACUGCGUGAUCGUUGCGGUUGGUAAUAUGCAGAUUUUCAAUAAAUUUGAUCGGGGAAGUGCUUCUCAUUCCAUAUUGGCUUAUAAAAGUGAGACCAUUUGAUGGUGACCUUUCAGUACUGUUAACGGUUUCCUUCGAGCAUGAGCAAAGUACGAGCUAUUUAUUUACUAAAAUGAUUGGAAUUUUAUUGUACCUCUUUUGCAUUUUAACCAAUUUAUCGCGCGCUGAUUUUUUCGCCGGAAAAAGUAUAACGAGAGCAUUAGUUCCGCCAAGAAGAGAUAACGAGUAUCGAAACAUGCUUUCAACAUCCACUGCUCUGCCUCAAGUGAUAAUCAAUAGAAGAACAACCACGCUAGUCCCACAACGUGAUUCCCAGGGGUAUUUUUACGAACCUCAAACUACAACUUCCACUACCACGGAAGCUCCGCAACGUGAUUCACCAGGAUAUUUCUAUGACCCCCCAAACAACGGAUACAUUCCCCCGGAUACAUCAUUCGCAGACGAACCAUUGCCACCUUCCUUCGCCGAUGAAUAUCCGUCGGUAGACAACCAAUAUUUGCCGCCGAAUGAAGAUAAUCCAUUGCAAGAUGAUCCCAUUCUUGGUGACCCUCCUGCUAACGAUUAUCUCCCGCCACCUCAGCAACAACAACCGCAACGCGAUGAAAUUUUGCUUGUUACUCCGGAUUCGGGAUACCAGUAUAACCCACCAACUUCGGCGACACCUCCUCUCGCGGACGAAGGCUUCUUGAAUCCUAAUGAUGAUAACGGAUAUAAUUAUGACCCUCCUGUGAACGGUUACCUUCCACCGGUUGGAAGAGCACUACGUGAUGAAGUUCCAAAUAGUGCGCGUUUCCCCAUUAGACUGCAGCUGAAUGAAUUAACUUGCCUUCAGAACGAUGGCGGUUUCUUCAGAUCGACAUUAACUGUCCAAAGUGCCAUUGAUAGUGCUCCGCUCGUUGAUGUUGAUAGUGCCGAUGAUAUUAGUGGUUGUGAUGUGCGUGUGCAACAGACCAGGCUCUUAGUGAACGUUGGUUUUAGUGAUUUUACGAGAUGUGGCGUUCAACAGUGUGGAAGUAAUGCCCGAGAGCUCUGUCUGCGGUUGCGAUUCCCGCGAAUAUCUGGUAUGCGAACGGCUUCUGAUGCAAUUCUUACCCUGCAAUGCAAAAUACAGCAACGGAUUGUUGCGAAAACUCACGCAGUUCGACUGGGUGUUAGUGAUGAUGUACAGGGGAGGAGUGCUUCAGGAACGUUUGCAUAUGGUGGGUCGCAGAGACCAUUUCGUUCGCAACUGGGACUUUUUCGUCGGAAGGCCGAUGGUGGUGCGUUUACUCGAUCUCUUGAACCCGGAGGUGCAGUAAUGUUGGGAGAGGAAGUGAUCCUACGAACACAGGUGCGGAGUGGAGACGGCUGGAAUUUCACCAGGUUAUCAGACGUGAUAAUGCAACGAUUGUCGCCGACAGGAAGUGUCCUAAACUCGGCCAUUCUUAUUGCGACCAAUGGUUGCUUGAACCCAGCAAUGAAGACGAUUUGCCCUGGGAAUCCGGUGCUAGAGUCACCACUUAGUUACCGGUUAUCGUUCCGGGCGGCGAUGUUCCAGGGAAUGCAUAGCGGAGAUGAAAUGGUGAUGCGAGUGCGCAUUGUAGGCUGCGUUGAUCGCCGCGAAUGUACUGUGGAAAAUUGUGCAUCCAUCAGAUCUAAACGGAACACUGCCAGCAACGCCACCAUAGAAGAAACGACAGUUGAUCCACAGGAACACGAACUUCCGUCGGAAGUAGCUUCGAUAUCGUUCCGAAUCAUGAUACCAUCAAAUUCAACCGUCAGCAUCCAACCGGCUCCACAAUCAUCAUCAAUUCUCACGCUCUCAGCGGUGGCAAUUUCGUUGAUAAUGGUUAUAGCACUGAUCAUCUUAGGGAGCAUCAUAAAACUAUACCGCACCAGAAAACUUACCUACGACGAGUAUCGAUCGGAUUAGGCGUCUCAACAUAACAACAAAAUUAUAUACACGAUCCCUUUCGAGCCUCAUCCCACCCUCCCCCAACGAAAGUGAACGUGAUGAGAAUUACAGUAGCUUUUCGCGCAUGCCAUCGCUAUUAAGAAAAACUGUCAGCUAAUUGUCACGCGUGUGCAUCGCUUUGCCUCACUGAAAAAUGCAUUGGGCACAAAAAAAAACAGUCAACCCGAUCGGAAAAUAAAAAGCAGUAUUCAUGAGAUGCGCGGUCGAUGCAGUUAGUCAAGCGGCUAAAUAAGUUAUUAUUUCUCUGCUUUGGGGUAUGGGGCUCGGGUAGUUUAGCUUUAUAAAAAACCAUUGGAAUGUUAUUACCUCACCGUCGAGUCGUGCCAAUAAAGCCGAACUCACAGUACAUUUAAGAAUGAGACAAAAACCGCAUUGAGUUCACGAGUGCCUCUAUGUGGGUUUCAUACCAAGUAUUUUAAUAACAUAAAUAUUUAUUUAUAUUUUUUUACUUUGUACUUUAGAAUUGAAUGUAUCGUAUGUCACGAAUAAAUGCAUUAAUGGGGAUUGGUCCCGUAGCACAUUGUACGGAGUGCCAGGAAAGCAAUGUUUCAACUGUUCGCAAUUUAUCAAAGUUAUGCAUCAGAUCGAAACGCAUUAGGCGGAAAAAAGCGUCAACCCGAAAGAAAAACAAGAAGCUAUUCAUGAGACUCGCGGUCGUUGCAGUCGGGGUCUAUUAAUGAAAAAAGUAAUUAUUUUACUGUGGCAUGGAGCUGGGGUACUUAGGAUCAAUGAAAUCAAUUGGGAAUAGCAUUACCUCAUCGUCCAGUCGGAUCAAUGAAGCCAAGCCCACAAUAUGUUUAUGAAUAAGGCAAACAUCACGGAUCAAUCGUUUUCAAUAUAAUUUCAUUAUUGCCGUUUUCGAAUUCGAUGCAGAAUUUGGAUCCAAGAUUUCUCUAAUUCAAUCCAAGCAGAAUACUCAAUCAGCUAUAUAUGUAUUUGUAUAAAAUUUAAC